CAGCAGAGAACUACAGUCUGAGAGCAGAAGAACAUCUUUUGGAGAGGAGCCUUGAAAACCUGCUCUUUACAGGAAGAUACAAGUGAAGAAGGCACUCAAUUCAAAUGGUUAUGAGCCUUAGAGUGUCGGAGCUCCAAGUGUUAUUGGGCUAUGCUGGACGGAAUAAACACGGUCGUAAACACGAACUCCUGACAAAGGCACUGCACUUGUUGAAAGCUGGCUGCAGCCCAGCUGUUCAGAUGAAAAUUAAGGAACUAUAUAGGCGGAGAUUCCCACAGAAGAUUGUGACCCCCGCUGACCUGACCCUUUCUUCUGUCCAUACGACUCCAACUUCCAUGACUACGCCACUGUCGCCAGCUGCUAUCCCACAGCUCUCCUAUGAUGGGCAUGCAACAACAUCUCCGCUACUUGCUGUUUCUCUGUUGGGACCUAAACAUGAACUAGACCUGCCGCACCUGACAUCAUCGCUCCAUCCUGUCCACCCGGAUGUAAAACUGCAGAAACUGCCCUUUUAUGACAUUCUUGAUGAAUUGAUUAAACCAACUAGUCUAGCUUCAGAUAAUGGUCAGCGGUUUCAGGAGACUUGCUUCGCAUUUGCAUUGACACCUCAGCAAGUUCAACAGAUUAGCAAUUCAAUGGACAUAUCUGGGACCAAGUGCGACUUCACAGUUCAGGUUCAGUUAAGGUUUUGUUUAUCAGAAACGAGUUGUCCACAGGAAGAUCAUUUCCCACCGAAUCUCUGUGUGAAAGUAAAUGGAAAAACUUGUAACCUUCCUGGCUACCUACCACCAACCAAAAAUGGUGUUGAACCAAAGCGACCUAGCCGACCAAUCAAUAUUACCUCACUAGUCAGAUUGUCCACGACGGUGCCGAACACUAUUGUGGUUUCAUGGUCAGCAGAAAUCGGAAGAAACUAUUCCAUGGCAGUUUACCUUGUAAAGCAGCUGUCUUCUGCAGUGUUGCUUCAAAGACUGCGGGCAAAAGGAAUAAGGAACCCGGACCAUUCCAGAGCAUUAAUCAAAGAGAAAUUAACAGCAGAUCCUGAUAGUGAAAUCGCCACGACCAGUUUACGGGUGUCUCUGUUGUGUCCUCUGGGCAAAAUGCGGUUGACAAUCCCGUGUCGUGCAGUAACCUGCUCACAUCUUCAGUGCUUUGAUGCAACGCUUUACAUUCAGAUGAAUGAGAAAAAACCUACUUGGGUUUGUCCGGUCUGUGAUAAAAAGGGUCCUUAUGAGCAUCUAAUUAUUGAUGGAUUAUUUAUGGAAAUCCUCAAUUGCUGUACAGACUGUGAUGAAAUUCAGUUUAAGGAAGAUGGAGCCUGGUCACCGAUGAGAAUGAAGAAGGAGGUCCAGGAAGUGAAUUCCACUUAUAAUGGUGUUGAAGGUGCUUGUAAAAGCUUGUCUGAGCACAGACAUUCAUCUCAAGAUAAUAGAAAAGUUGAAGUGAUUGAUCUGACGCUUGAUAGUUCAUCAGAAGAGGAGGAAGAGGAGCCUCCUGCAAAGCGGUACCCUUCAAUCUCUUCUCCAUCACCGCCCAUCAAUAAGGGGGUUUUAAAUCUCCACCAUCAGACGUCACCAGUAACAAGAACUCCAAGCAUACCGACCCUGGAUACAAAUUUUAUCUCUGCUCCUUUUCAAGACUACCGUCAUUCAUACCACUUACCAACUCUGCCAUAUGAACUGCAAGGGUUAGACCUAUUUCCCUUCUUACAAGGGGACAAUCAGCAUUACAACACCUCCCUCCUCGCUGCUGCAGCUGCUGCAGCCAGUGCUUCAGAGGAUCAGGACCUCAUUCAUUCCUCGCUCAACCGAUUCUUCCCAUAUGGCUCUUCGCAAAUGUUCUUGGAGCAGCCAAACUCGGCACCUGCGAACACGCUGGCAGUAACAAACGGCAGCAGCAGCGGGAGCAACAGCAGUCUCGUCUCCUCCAGCAGCUUGCGGGAAAAUCUCGGACAUCCUGGGGCUAACCGGAGCAGUGUGGAAAGUGGUAACAUCUUUGGCGCCAUGCCAGAUGUUAUUUCGUUGGACUGAGAUUUGAAAUAAUGAAGAUAAUGCUUUUUGUGUGGUUGGGGGGGUUGGGGGCAGAAAGAGGAAAAGAAAAUCUGGUUUGUUUCAUCUUUUAAAAACAAAUUUAGAAGUGUAGAGACCCUUUUUUAAAUAAACACAAAAAAUUAAAAAAAGACACCAUGUACAGAGAACAAAAUACUAUAUUUUCAGUUAACUUUUGUAUAUAAAUUCGAACUGUCUGUCUUUUAAGGUUAUUUCAGUUCACUUUGUGAAAGCAGAGUUUUUACGAUGUAUUUGUCUGUUCUGUGAUAUUACUUUUUGUAUUUGUUGUUCAAUGGCAUUAUUUCCUUCACAGUUGACAUUAUUUGAAUUAGGAAUUUUUCAUUCUUGUACUUCACUGUAGAAUAUUCUUUCUUUCAGAAAGACCUGCGAUGUCAAUGGUUGACAACAAUAGUAUUUUCUUUUUUUGUGCAGAAUAAUUUUAUUAUACCUUUUAAGUUAUGUAAAGUAUCUUGACUGUUUCCCAUAUCAUUCCCUCUGCAUUUGCAGGAAGUAGCUUUGGAGAAUGCACAGUAUCGUACAAUUUUUCCACAAAAAAAAGGCCAUUUCUGGUAAUUUUUUUUGGGGGGGGGACAUUUUCUAUCUCCUCAUCACUUCCACUUUCGUUUUACAAAGUAGCAUUUUUCAAGCAUUAAGGAAGUUUCAGUUAAUAAUGGAGAGGAGUCACUUCUUCUGUCACAUUUCACAUUGUGGUUUACAUUUUAGAAAAAAUCAGUACUUCACUUUACUUCCAAUGUCCCCUGAAAAGCUCUAACUGCAGAAUGAUUGUGUAUUUUUUUAAUAUAUGAAAAGUUAUUUUCUCUUUGUACAUGUGCAAUGUUCCUUGAGCAGCUGUUGAACUUUUGUAACCAGCCUCCCAGGAAGAUCACCAGAUUGGGUAUGCAAAGCUCUCCCUGUAUCUGAUGCCCAGUGUUGCAAGCCCCUAACGUCCACUUCGUGUUCUUCCCAGUUGAUAUUGAACUGCCAGAAUUUGGGGAUUCAUGGCGUAUUAUUAGCACACCAAUUAACCAUACUGCCCCUUCCAUAACCUUGGUUUUGCUUUAAUUCAAUAAUUUGAUGUUGCUUGUUCCAUGCACUGAAAUCCUUGCCAAGUGUGAUAUUAGCCCAACUAAAAUGAUUGUUUUCUAGGUGAAUGUUCCAGAUUCUCCCCUCAAGAUGUAUUCAGAUGGUAACUUUGUCUCAAACCAUUGAAUGUAAUGGAGCAGGAUUUGCAAACAAGUAGUUGAAAUAUAGAUGGACUAUUAAGUGUACUAAAAGAAAAAAAAAUUUGAAAAAAAAUCUUGAUCCUUGUCAUACACUUCCUCACUUACUGUUGUGUAUUGUUUCGAUCAGUUCAUAUGCAAGUACACUGGAGAGAUGAUUAGUUUUUGUAUCUGCUCUGUUUAGAAUUGUUAUGUUGAAGAGACACCAUCUGAGUACAGGACCACCCGGUGUAGCACUAAGCCAUACAGAUCAAAAAAAGUUCCAAGUUAAAUUUCUUAGCUGUGCUGUUAACAGAUCUCAAUUUGGCAUUGUUUGGGUACUAUAAUUGGCACCUCUUGGAAUUGAACGGACAGUCUACUCCUGAUUACUGUCCAGUGACGCCUACUUAAAAUAUACACGUGGACAUGGGAUCAAACCAGGAUUCAAUUUAUCUAUGAUUUGUGACCUCUUAUUCCCUACAGUUCAAGUAACCUGUGGACAUUCACUGUGGAGACAAACAGUGGCUAAUAAUGGUCUCUUAGGUAAGGCAUUAGAAGGUGAUCUGCCCCAGUAGAACCAUAACAACCAAGGAACGAAUACCUUUGAGAGAUGGGUAGAAAAUUGACAAAUAACAGGUUGCAACCAAAAGAUGCUACUGAAUGAAAUUUGAUGAAUAAUUUAAAUACAGUUGGGCUGAGUUCUAGAAAAUUCAACCACUUGUGUGGAGGAGGAGGUGUUCCAAUUGAGCUGGGAGUUUUGUAAUUUCAGAUUAUGUAAUCCGAUCUGUAUCACUGUCCAAAGAGUCAAUUGUUUAGCAACUCAGUGAAAAUGAUGCAGUGGGAAAUACUCAAGGAAGUUGUCUGGAUUAUAAAAAUGCACAACUGUUACAGCUCUAGUCUGGCAAUAGACUGGCUGGAUGUUGAACAGUGGGAAGAUGCUUUAUGCUUUAAUCAAGAUUUUAUUUCUAGUGUUCUACUUGUUUCAUGAACUCCAGUUUUAACCAGGCUUAAUGCAAAAUGGGCUUGGUUCAUCGGAAGACAAUACUUGGAUCCAAGUUAUGCUUUAAUCUGAUUAUGGGUCCAUCUGGAGUAAAAUGUAUCUUGCAUGGCUGGAUCUUUCAGGUAGUGUGCUGCAUUUUGCCAAGUGAAGGGUAUAUUUUCCUUAAAGGAAUAAGCCAGCUUGUACACAGCAUUAUUUACUUACCAGAUAUGUAUUGUGGGGUUAUCCAGGAGUAUGCUGUGUUGAGAGUCUAUUUACACUGGAAGUGUCACUGUAAAUCGGAUUCUCACAAGCAUGGAAACUCCAUCUCUUCUACGAAUUUGUAAAUUCUGUGAUCACUUCUCUCCAAAGGUGUCAAAGACAACUCUAAUAAUUUUACUGCCUUAAAUCUUUCACAAUGCUGGUUUCUGUGACCGCAUGCCAAACCAGAGAAAUGGCUUUUUUUUUAAAUAAUUGAGUAUAGUAGACCAGUGUCGGUUUGUAUAAAGUACCACGUGAAAAUAUUUAUUUCAUGCAUUGAAAGAAAUUGUUUACCUAAUGAAUGUUACCUGUUAAUGUAGAGAUCUUUUAGAUGUAAUAAAAAAGCAAAACGUUCCCA